AUGGCUCCGACGACGGUGCCGACUGGCAGCAAAAAACCAGCUAAGCAGCCGAAUUUUGUUGUCAAUAGAAAGAAACGAUUCUUCAAAAUUCGCGGGCUUCCGUCGAUGGGCUCAGGCGCCGGGCUUGUGCCAGAUGAAGACAGUGAAACCCGUGGUAGGCGACGUUUCGACAAAUCGCUCACCAUGCUGACCCAUAUCGUUGUCAAGAUGCUGCGCGACACACCGGAUGGAGUGCUGUACCUAGGCGAUGUUUCACAGACCCUGUCCGAACGACAGAAGAGACGCAUAUACGACGUGACGAACGUGCUGGAAGGCAUAGGGCUCGUAAAGAAACAGGCCAAAAAUCACAUCAAGUGGAUUGGGGAAGAGUUGACGACGGAAUCAUGUCUCGGAACAGCACGGCAGAUCGGGGUGCACAUGCGAACGCGCCGCAACAUGGAACUGCGCGAAGCCUGGUUUGAUGCGCAGUUAGACGCGAUGAGGAAAAGCACUGAAAUAAUGUUCCAGGACGAGGCGAGUCGCUCUUACCUGUAUGUAAGCAGUGACGACAUAUCGACAGUGCUAGGCGACCAUAGGCGGUUGCUCGUACUUAGUGAGGACGAGUCUAGCAAGAAACGGCAGCUGCGUCACAACGAGAACAUCACCGCAAGCAACCGGAAAACCCUGUUCGGACCAAUCCCGUACGGUACCAGCAGUCGCAAGCUGGUGGUGCAGUCGAAACCAAACGGGCCUCCACUGCAGCUGAUGGUGUUGAAGGAACCGACUGGGUCGUGCUAUACGCGCCCAAGCAGACGAUCGGCGGUGCUGCGAGGGUUCGCCUCGAAUCGACCAUACGUAAAGCUGCUGACAGAGGACGAUGAUGAUGAUCGGCCGAAGGAACGUGCAAUAAUUGACCCGCUAGCUGUUGAUCCAUCUCCGGGCGAACUGGACUCAUAUACCGACGAUGAAUACGAGGCACCGAAGCGGCGGCAACGGCUAGCUGAGAUACUGCUCGACGAUCGUAACUCGAGCCAGCACAGUCUGUAUCGACCGAAUGGUUGGAAAAACAAGCGAAAGGAAACGCUUGGACUCAUCAAACCGUUCCUGGUGGUCGAACCGCAAUUCUACGGCAGUUACACGUUUGCGCUCGCUAAAAACGAGAGCGUAACGGAUUUGUUUGGGCUCGAGUCAACUAGCAAUCACCAAAGAACGGAGCAGGAAUCCGAUUCCUCGCCAACUAGCUGCCGAAGCGAGUGA